AAUGCGCCAGCAGCAAGUCAGCGCUGAGGUCUCUGCGCGCCGCGUCCCGCGUCCUGCGAGACCCUAAAGUCGACCCAGCAGCAGCGCUGAGGUCGGCGCCAACAUGGACACCUUAGAGAGCAGGAGAAGCCCGAUCCAGAAAGCUUCACAAGGAUGCAGCAUUGAUCCAAAGGCAGCUGUUGAGCUGGAGCAGAUCUGUUGCUCCCAUUCAGAUCUUGCCAAAACCGCUGAGGUCAGCAUAACAAUGUCUUUGGGGCACUUAGCCAAGGGAGCCAGCCUAGAUGACCUUAUUGAUACUUGUAUUCAUUCUUUUGAUUCAGAAGGAAACCCAUGUAAAAAUUACCAGUUGCUGAAGGUAACAUUGACCAUGCAUCGGCUUAUUAUCUCCUCCACUGAGAUGCUGCGAAAACUAAUUGAUCUAUAUCUAGAUGCUUUGGAAAAUAAUAAUUCUUUGCUUUGCCAAAAGAUAUGUUACCUUGUAAGAUAUUGGGCAGGAGAAUUCUGGGUCAUGUUCAAAACAGAUUCCAAUCUCACAAACACCAUGGAGGAAUUUCAGGAACUGGUGAGAGCUAAUGGUGAGGAGUUGCACUGUCGCCUAAUUGACACAUCUCAAAUAAAUGCACGAGAGUGGUCCAGAAAGAUUACACAGCGGAUAAAAUCUAACAGUAGUAAGAAACGAAAAGUCUCACUACUCUUCGAUCAUUUGGAACCAGAGGAGUUGUCAGAUCACCUCACUUACCUUGAAUUCAAAUCCUUCCGACGAAUAUCAUUUCCAGAUUACCAGAACUACAUCAUGAAUGGCUGUGUGAAGGACAAUCCAACCAUGGAACGCUCGAUUGCUCUUUGUAAUGGUAUCUCUCAGUGGGUACAACUAAUGGUACUCAACAGGCCAACACCACAGCUUCGAGCUGAAGUAUUCAUCAAAUUCAUUCAUGUGGCCCAGAAACUUCACCAGUUGCAGAAUUUCAACACAUUAAUGGCUGUGAUAGGUGGUCUUUGCCAUAGUUCCAUCUCUAGACUUAAAGAAACAAGUUCUCAUGUUCCUCAUGACAUUCAUAAGGUGUUCAAUGAAAUGACGGAACUGCUAUCAUCUUGUAGGAACUAUGAUAAUUAUCGACGUGGUUACAGUGAGUGCAGUAACUUUAAGAUACCUGUUCUUGGAGUCCAUCUAAAAGACUUGAUCUCCCUUUAUGAGGCCAUGCCUGAUUACUUGGAAGACAAAAAAGUUAAUAUACAUAAGUUGUAUUCUUUGUACAGUCAUGUCAAUGAACUGAUACAGCUGCAGGAGAUAGGCCCUCCCCUGGAUGCUAACAAGGAUCUUGUUCAUCUCCUCACACUCUCCCUUGAUCUUUACUACACAGAAGAUGAAAUCUAUGAACUUUCAUAUGCACGAGAGCCAAGAAGUCACCGGGCUGCACCUUUGACGCCUUCAAAACCACCAGUAGUAGCAGACUGGGCUUCUGGUGUAGCCCCAAAACCUGAUCCAAAGAUCAUUAGCAAGCAUGUUCAGAGAAUGGUAGAUUCAGUUUUCAAAAAUUAUGACCAUGAUCUGGAUGGAUACAUUUCUCAGGAAGAAUUUGAAAAGAUUGCAGCAAGCUUUCCUUUCUCGUUUUGCGUAAUGGACAAGGACAGGGAAGGUCUGAUUAGCAGGGAUGAAAUAACAGCUUACUUCAUGAGAGCCAGCUCAAUCUGUUCUAAACUAGGCCUUGGCUUUGCUCACAACUUCCAGGAGACCACUUAUUUAAAGCCUACAUUUUGUGACAACUGUGCUGGAUUUCUCUGGGGAGUUAUUAAACAAGGAUAUAGAUGCAAAGAUUGUGGAAUGAACUGUCACAAGCAGUGCAAGGAUCUGGUUGUAUUUGAAUGUAAGAAAAGAUCCAAAACCACAGCUAUAGGCAGCAGCCCAGCUUCAGCCCUUGCAUCUAGUCUUUGUCCCAUGGGACUCAAAGAGCACAUGCAUGGGCUGGAGGAGGGAGGAUUUCCAUUUCCUAAUGGAGAAGUUGUCGAGCACAACGAAGGGAGCAAAGACAGAACUAUUAUGCUUAUGGGGGUGUCGGCUCAAAAGAUCUCAGUGAGGUUAAAGCCAUCGGUGGUGCACAAGAGUACACAAACUGACAUAGUGUUAGUACAUACUGAUGGGCUCCCCAGACAACAGAGAGAGCCAGGAACACUAUCUGAGAACACUUUUUUGCAGCCUACUCCUCUGUCUCCAUGUCCAAGCCCGGUUCUUAGCCGUAAAAAGGCGUAUGUGAAAUGGGAAAACAAGGACUGCAGUCAAAAAGCAAAGGAGGAGCCAUGUACUCUAAAACCCACAUAUCAGGAAUUAGAGCAGGAAAGAAAUAUCCUUACAACAGAGAAUGAAGCUUUAAAGCUGCGGCUUAAACAGGCACAUAAGAAAAUUGAAUUCCUCAGCAUCCGAAGAAACCACAUACUGGACAGCAGGGAACAUGGCGAAUGCUUAUAGUCAGGAGCUCUUGUGCGGAAGAUGGUAAAUGCAAUGGGGCCUUUGAGACUGAUGUGUUCGAGUGUAUGCAGAGUGGCAGCUUUUUAAACAAAGUUAUUCCUGUUGGAUCUUCCUGUCCUGUCUGUUAAUAAUACUUGUGGAUGUAUGCAUGCUCCGUUAACAGGUCUAAAACAGUUUGCCUUCUGUUUGACAGAAAUGAUGGCAUUUGUAGUUAGGGCAAUGGCUAUUCUUGCUGUCUUCAUAAAAAGGCAACCAAAUUUUAUUGUCAAAGAGGAAUGCAUAAAGAGUUGUCACAAGAGAACUUUCUACUUCUAGAGCUGGAAAUUGUGGGCAGAUUUGGCAGCACAAAUCUGAAAAUGAAGUUACUAUAGGCAACAUGAAAAAAAGCCAUCAUUGCUUUCUCUAGCAGAGCAUUUCUAGCAAUAGACCUAUACAGACAAUAUUCAGCCAAAAGCAAAAUCCCAUUGAUUUCAAUUGUAUAGAGUAUUUUCAAAGUGUUUCACUUUGGCUGAUCUUAUCCUUUUACUCUUACUAGAAACAUAGAACAAUCUAAAGAGCAGGAUGAAAACUUUUCACUGCACAAUCCCAUUGUAUUUGCAUGUGUAAGCACAGCCCCGCCCCAUUGAAAUUAAUGGGACUUGACGGUGCAUAACGUUAGGAUGGAUUAUGCCCUUAAAUUGGAGCAAAAUCCAUUAGAGUAUUUCUUGGGCAAGUUGUGCUUUUUAUGCUGCUCCCAUUCAUCUUGGCAGAGCUUGCGCAAAAGAUAUUCCUGAAUUGUGUAAUAAUUGAUCCCUGCACUUGCAUGAUGAAGGUUAAUAACGGAUUUCAUGUUUUUAGUUACUAAAGUCAGAAGUUUAAAAUAGGUCAAGGAUAACUUAUUCAGAAUUUUAAAUAUUUCCCAUCCUAAUGAGACUCUGAUUUUGAUAUCUCCUGCCCCCUCUGAAUCUCCUGUUGGAGGGAGAUUUACAGAGAACCUUGGUUCAUAUUCUUCAGACUUUUAGACAGAUGUUUCCAGACAUUAAUUGUGAGAUCACUGCUUUUCAUGCAUAUAAGUUUUUUUACAGCGCCACACAACGUUGGCAGCAUCAAAAUGCCAGUCCAUAUUCCCAUCCCCACCAUCACCACUUAAUCUGGAUUUACCCAAUUUGUGGAAAAUCUGAUUUAAAAAACCUUGUUGUUAUGGCCCAUCUGUCGCACUAAACCCUGUCUGGAAGCACCUUCUCACUUUGUUGAUUUCCUUAUGAAGGCAAGAUCUUGCAUGAAAAAAUAAUUGUAAAAUCUCCUGAUUCCAAUAUUAACCUUUCCCCACAAUAAUUGCUGAUUGAAUGAGCAUGUAGGGCCAUUCUCACUCUCUUCCUGGACACAUUCUAUGUAAAGGGGAAGCUAAUAUCAAAAAAGGCUUUCAGAAAUCCACUUAAUGUUUCAUUACUAACAGAAUCCAACUCCCCCCUUCCCCAUGCCAAGCUGAAGGGGUCUUGGAAUGGAUGAAGGUGUCCCUCUGCCUAGGUCACCCAGUGAAACCUCUUCCUUCAGCUGGCUAAAUGGGUGGAAAGGAGGUCCCCUGGCAAGAUCCCCAUUGGCAGGAGCCUGUGGAAAGCUCUGAAAAGGGAGUUCUAAGGAAGGAGAGGGGCUGAGCUGGCCUGGGAUUACUGCAUCCGAAACCGGUUUCACUGCCAUCACAGUGUCAUCAGACUGAAUCAUUCUGUGCCCCUCCCACCUUCUGUUGCAAAUGCCACAAAGCCCCGCUAGUGAGGGGGAUGAGGAAGUUAAGAUUGUGCCCUAAGUCGAUAAUAGAUCGUGCAGAGGAGGUAGAGGGAAAGUUCCGAUAUAAGUUCAUCUGCAUAACACCCUUUUGCAAGGGUGACUUCUUUGACAUGCAGAUUUCCAGUUUUUCCCUCACCUACUAAAGAAAUGGAGCAUCUAUUAAUUGUUUUAUUCUUAUAUGAACUCUGGGUAGAAACUAUUUUCCAGUGGGAAUGUUUACACAUGAUCAUGGUUCAGCUGGAGCAAAGGUCCAUCCUUGACUGAAUACAAUCCUGCGCAGCCCACAUACAUAGAGAGUAGCAAGAUUAACUUUGUGAUGGAUUGUGAUCUCUGUCUUCAUUUUCAGCCUGAGAAAAGUAUCAUAGUUUCUGGCUUAUUUUCUCUGGUUUAUGGAAAUUAGGGUACUAGACAUCCACUCUGUUUUUAAAUGAAUGUAAUUCAUCUUUGGGUGGUUGUUCCCUACUAGCAUUUCUGCUAUGACUUCAAACAGAUGGCAGUCUUAUGUGAGUUCAAAAUGUUAAUGAACAUUCUUUGCGCUUGUGAAUCUUUCUGAUAUUCAUUUGAAUUGUCUCUCACUGUAAAUGUUCUCUACCAGCUAUUGUGAAUCCAGUCUGCACAUAGCUGUGUGGUGGUAAUAGUAUAUAAAGGACCAUUGCUGUGCUUCAGGUAGAGCACUUCUUUUCAUAUACAACACAGAAAGUGCAUGAAGGUUGAAAUGUAAAUUCAUCUCCUUGCACAGCUGUCAGCUAAAUGUGGUGCGGUUCCAUGAAUGAUAAGUUCAGGUGCAGGAAACCAGGUUCCAGUCCUGGCUUGGAUAAAGAUGACCUUAGUCACUUAGGGUUGUAUCCAAUGCUGCGCAAAUUCCUGCUCCCACAGUGGGACUUCCCGUUCUUCUCCUCCCCUUGUGUGACUCACAAUGUGCUCCAGAAGGUUUCCCAACCCUCUGGAGCAGAUACUGAGGGCACAUAGGGUGGCUGCAGGCAGCAGAAGAGGAAGGGACGUUUUGGUGCAUAUGCUGAAGUCUGUUGUGCAAAUGAAAUUACAGUGUUGGAUACAAUGCCUAGAUCUCUGGUCAGCCUCAUUUAAUAGGCUGGCUUUAAGGCUAAAACCCUGCUGGCAUAAUUAAAAUUAAUAAUUUCAUAACUGUAGCCCUGCACAAACAAUAAGUAUUAGUUAGGGCUGUGGGCAAAUAAAAUAAUAAUAAUAAUAAUAAUUUAAUUUAUAUGCCGCCUAUUUGGCCGAUGGCCACUCUAGGCGACGUACAAUUUAGUUGCAAUAAAUGCAUCAUAGUAAAAUACACAUAAAAUACAUAUAACAAUAAAACUAUGAAUAAAGAACAAUAACAGUUCAGAGAAUAGGUGAUUAGUCCUAAAAAAUUAACCCUCCCCGGAAGUCCCAAAGGCCGGUCUGAAGAGCCAGGUCUUCAAGGCUUUGCGGAAUACAUUCAGGGAAGGGGCAUGCCGAAGAUCAUACGGGAGGGAGUUCCAGAAAGUGGGGGCCGCCACUGAAAAUGCCCUCUCCCUAGUCCCCACCAACCUAGCUGUUUUAGUUGGUGGGACUGAGAGAAGGCCCUGAGUGGCUGAUCUUGUCGGGCGGCAUAAUUGGUGGCGCUGGAGACGCUCCAUCAGGUAAACUGGGCCGAAACCGUGUAGGGAUUUAAAGGUUAAUACCAACACCUUGAAUUGAGCCCGGAAAAUAACUGGAAGCCAGUGUAGAUCGAACAACACUGGGGUGAUAUGUUCCCGGCGGCGACAAUUUGUGAGUAGUCGAGCCGCAGCAUUUUGUAUCAGUUGUAAUUUCCGGACCGUUUUCAAGGGUAACCCCACGUAGAGCGCAUUACAGUAGUCUAAACGAGAGGUGACCAGGGCAAUGUACUACCAGUGGGAGCUGAUGAACAGGGAGGUAGGGUUGCAGCCUACGAAUGAGGUGUAAUUGAUACCAAGCUGCCCGGCUCACUGCUGAAAUCUGAGUCUCCAUGGACAGCUUGGAAUCAAGAACAACCCCAAGGCUGCGGACCUGGUCCUUUAGGGGCAAUCUCACCCCGUUGAACAUCAGGUCAACAUUUCCCAACCUUCCCUUGUCUCCCACAAGCAGCACCUCAGUCUUAUCGGGAUUUAACUUCAACCUGUUCAUUAGAGAUGCUAAAAGCUACUUUGUGUUGUGUCUUUUGAAAAACACUUUAGCUUUCCAUUUUAUCAUGAUUCUAGAACUGACACAUAAAUGAUGCACUAUACAAUAUAGACACUUGUGACGUUUCUGUAGCUUGUGCUAUAUUUAUUCACAACCUCUGGUUAAAGCUCUGGUUUCAAAGUAAUUCCAUAGUUUAUUUUUACAAAAUUGCACGUGCCCAUCUAUAGUGGUAUUUUACUUUG